AUGGCUACCGCACCGGACCCAGACGAGGUGCUUCGUUCCACGGAUGGAAAAGAUAAAUUCCAACGAAUAUCGCGUCUGCUAAUUAGUGGAGGUACUACACUACUUAGGGAGGUGUUUGAUCGGACUUACCCACCAUCACGUCUUCCUUCAAAAUUAAAAGAUCCAAAUACAAAGAAGCAGCUUAAAGAGGCAAAGCUCACAAAGCCACAGCGAAACUGCCUGUACCCCUCCCCGGGGACGUAUGGUGAGUCAAAAGAUUUCGAUAUUACUCUGCUCUUCGCUUUGCUAAGGACAAUAUGCAACCUCCCCCGUCCAAGCAAGGGCUGGGAUAUUCUACCAGCUCCCGCCGAUCACAGUUUAGUUGCAGAAUUGGCAAGAAUUAAGCAUUACAGGAACGCGGUGUAUGGCCAUGUAAAGCGAAACGUGGAGAUUACAGAUGACGAAUUUCUACAGCUUUGGAAGGACAUCGGCCAGGCUCUGAUAGGUGUCGCAGCAUACCUUGGCUCACCAAGCAAAUGCGACUGGCAGACGAAAAUUGACAAGUUAUUGAAGGAUCCCCUUACUGCUGAAGAUGAAAGAAACGUACAGGAACUGCAAGAAUGGUAUAAAAAGGAUGAAGACAUCAAAAAAUCCUUAGAUCAAUUGGUAGAUACAACCCAAAAAGGGAAAGACAGUAUAGAAAGGAUGGAAAAAAACGUUGAGGAGAUCAAAAAAUACUUGAGUGAAUUGUAUGAGCUUAGGCCAAAUUCUUGCGAGAAUUGUACUUGUACUGAUGCAGCUAUACUUCCGGUGAAGUUGAGUUGUGAGAUCUACGCACACUCAGAUCAACAAGGGGACCUUUGCGGAAUGUCAGUAAAUGGAGAUGCUUCGCGUGCUACUGCACAGGAGGUAUUGAAUCAAAUUGCGAAAAGUUAUUUGCAGAUAGUUGAAUCAUCCACGAAAAAAGAGUGCAAUGAAUUUAUGGAGUAUCUAACGAGGAUGGGGAAGGUGUUAGUUGUAGACGUCAUAAAAGGGAGCUUGAUGAUCAAAGUGGGAUGCCGAUCUGUGCAGAUAUUGAGUGACUUGUAUAUAGACUUUUUAACAGGUCAUUUAAAUGCACUGGCACAAGAACACCUUGUGACAGAGAGGGUUCUUACCAAGUUUGCCCUUAUGGAAGCAAAACUCACUACAAACAUUUCAGAGAACGAGUACAGAAAUUGUCGAAAGCAAUUAAAGGCAUAUGCAGUCCUGGAGCCGAAAGUUCUUGACCUAAAGAACCGUCGAGAUAAACUCCAGGAGAAGUUCCUCGAAUGGGUUAAAGUUAGAAAAAAAAUCAGAAGUUUACUUGAAAGACCGCUCCAAGAUCGUAGAAUGUACUCCUGCAGUACUUUUCAUUGGCUUGUGGCCUUAGUCGCUGUAGGAUUAAUGGCAGCAAUCAGCACUUUUGACGUGUUAGCCGCCGACGAAGACAUUGGCUUAGGUGUAGUGAUAUGCAUAGGCUUGUGGGUAUGCUUAGGGUUGGCCUUAAGCGCAACCAUAGCCUCAAAACCAGGUUCUAAUAAGGAAAAAGAUCUUGGAGAUGACAAAAACGCCUUACAAAAAGUUUCGUCAGAUGCCCGUCUCCUCGGGAAAUGUGUGGCUAGCCUUUCUAUUUGUUGCCGCAACCACACGGAGCAAGUGCUAACGAGCAAAGUUAUGGCAAGGGAAUUCCCAUUUUUAAUUGACAUUCUACGAGAAUCAGGGUCAGAAUUUCACCGUGAAUCGAAGUCAAUGCUGCAAGCGCUGAUCAAAAGAGAGUUAAACAUUCAUUCUAAGGGAUUUCAAUCUUUACUGACCACCAACAGGGAAAUCCUACAGGAGCUGCAUGAAGGACCAAGUCAGGAUGAGAUUCAGGAAAUGAUCGUGGAUUUUAUCAAAGUAGAAUUCGAUAAAAAUCGUCUUAAAUUUCAUCAAACAAGUCCUUUUCUAUCCCACUUCCAUUAG